GGAUGGAGGCUGAGAGAAGAGGGCGGGGGUGCGCUUUACCGCAGUAUCACUAGAUUUCUGCAGCACUCAUCAAAACUCUGCGGCAUGAAGACAAGAGCUGGGGGGGAGGGCACUCACUCGGACCGGGCUACCUCUUACUUUUAGUCUCCCCUUCUUCCAUCCCUAAAUAGGCUUUUAUUUUCCACCAAUUUGCACUCAUUUUGAGCUCCCCCAUCACUUGAAAAAGGGCUGCCUGUUUCCCCCCAUUGGCUAAUUGGAUUCCCGUUGCAUUAGGGUACGCUUUCUCCCAUUUAAAAAAAUUUUUUUAGGGGUCUGCUCUUGUAUAGUAAAAUGGCCAAGGAUUCGGAAAAAGGCGAGUGGAAGGAGUACAUUUGGAACCCGAGGACGAGGGAGUUUCUGGGCAGGACAGCCAGCAGCUGGGGUCUCAUCCUUCUCUUCUAUUUAGUUUUCUACAUCUUCCUGGCUGGUCUGUUUGCACUUACCAUGUACGUCAUGCUGCAGACUUUGGAUGACCACAAGCCGACCUGGCAAGACAGACUCACCACACCAGGGAUGGUGAUUCAACCCGAAUCCGAUGAGACUUUUGAGAUCAUCUAUAACAUCCAGAAAACCGAGAGUUGGGACAUGUACGCUCAGGCCCUGGACAAGUUCCUGGAACCCUACAACAGCACCGUCCAGGAGCAGAAAAAUGACGAAUGCAAACCAGACCAGUACUUCUUGCAGGAGGACAGCGGCGAUGUGAAGAACAACCCCAAGCGUUCCUGUCAAUUCAAACGCGACUUUCUGCAGGACUGCUCGGGACUCUCUGACCGUUACUAUGGAUACCAGGACGGCAAGCCAUGCAUCAUUAUCAAGAUGAAUCGGGUGAUUGGAAUGUUGCCGGGAAAGGCUGGACAGGCUCCUUUUAUCACCUGUGGCGCAAAGAGAGAAGACACUGACAAAAUUGGAGAGUUGAUGUACUUUCCUCCCAAUGGCACUUUCAACCUUAUGUACUACCCUUACUAUGGCAAGAAAGCUCAGGUGAACUACUCCCAGCCUUUGGUUGCCGUCAAGUUCCUUAACAUCACCGUCAAUGAAGACGUCAACAUUGAGUGCAAGAUCAACGCCAACAACAUUCCCUCUGGAAGCGAAAGAGACAAGUUUGCCGGACGAGUGUCUUUCAAACUGAGAAUCAACACCAUUAACUAGGUUUUAAAAGCCUUUUUUUCCACCUCUGAAAUCUUCAUGCUCUGCAACGUUGCACAUGCACAGAAACCAAAUUGCAGCAUUCCCGCCCUUUGUGGGUUUCGUUUACAACCCCUUCAAAACUAAAGAUGGCAUGGACAUUUUUUGUCCGGGUGUGUGGUGAGACAAUGCAAGAAAAUUAAGGGUGGUAAUCCUGUAAUUAUUUCUGUCUGUGAGUUUGGGGACAAAUUGGAUUCUGUAAAAUUAAUUUCGAGGUGAUGUCUAUUUAUACUGCAUGACAAACGAAAAGGGGAUAUGAAGGAUAUAAUUGCGUGUUUUUCAAAGUUUGCAAGGACCAGUAACACCACUGUAUUGCUGCUCCGACCUUGCUGCCUCAAUAUAGAGCGUUCCUCUAGACGUGAUACACAUCAAUACGAAGCGUGCAAAUCUGACCAUUUUUAUUUCGAUAAUAUCAUAACCUCAGAGCUAGACUAUCGGGGUGAGCAUAUGACUAAAUGAAGGUGUUUUCAAAAUUCCGAAAGGUUUUUCAGGCCGCAGAUUUCUUAAAACCGAAUCGACAGCACCUCUGGUGGUUGAAGCCAAGUACUGCACCACAUUUAGUGACAAUUGUCAACACUCUGCAGAAUGCUUAAAAAUCACUCUGCCCAUCCCCAAGCCUAACUUGUUGCACUCAAAAAACUAUUCAGACCGUAUAUAUCUUAAUGGGUGGAUGCUGAGAUGAAGCCAUUUUGCAUGUGUGUAUUGUCUUUCGUGUGCUAUGAGGGGAAGAGUCACCUAUGUCCCAGCUCUUCACUCAGUGUGGAGAUAAAAAAAAUUAAAUCAGACCACUGACCACCAGGAGGGACCACCGUGUAAGCGACAGAAAUUGAACACAAAUUCUUUGGGAUGACGAGGAAGAGUUGAAUACCUUUAAGUGUGUGUUUGUGGCUUCAGUGUUUGCGUGUAUCUUCGGUACGUUGACACAUUUCAUACCACGGGUCGGGAAAUUGCAUGCGUUGUGCAAUAGUCAUUAAAUCCGUAUAUUAUGAAUGAUUGAUCCCGUUGUUUAGAGCUGACUAAUUGUGUAUCGACAUCACGGUCGGAUGUAUUGAGAGCAUCAAUCAGUUUAGCACGUUUUACAAGGUCUUCCUUCCAUUAUUUCAGAAAAUCCAACCGUGCGCUGUGUCCAGUUCACCUAAUUUGCGUUUGUUAUGGUGUGUGGAAAUAUUUGAAAUGGGGCGAAUUGUAGAUUUUUUUCGUCCCAUUAGUUUAGAAUGAUAUCAAACCUUCCACUGACUAUAAAAGCUCACCUUGCGCCCCGUUAAACCCCAAGUUUUUUUUCCCACUGCUGUUGAUGGUAAUAUUUAAAUUAAUUUGUCAGACCUUCAAAACUGAUUAUUUUUAUAUGGCUAUUUAUUUGCAUUGCUGUGCUUUUUGGUGACACUGACUUUAAUUCCUCUAAACAGUUUUUAGGAGGUUAUAAUAAUAGUGGUAGUGUGUGUUUAUUCCUUUUUUUAGCCUAAAUCAUCCCGGUUUGCGUUUUCCCAUGACAAAAUCGGGUCUCUUCAAUAAGACUUGGUAGGUUGAUAUCGGAAGGGCCUAAAAUAAACAAACUUGAUAUACACUGCAUAUUACAUGUAAAAUGAGGGGCUUUUUAAAUGAUGUCAUCCAUCACACCAGACAUAACAUUUAAAAAAGUAUUUGCUUUUCCCUAAUACACUGCGGCCAUUUUAAUGCGGCAAAUGCAAAUAAAACAUUGUAUUAGCUAUAACCUCAAGACUUUGACGUUUUCCCCCUCAUUUUUUCAAUCCAUUCACACGCACGUUUCUCUGAUGUUGCUGCAACACUUAAUUUCACUCUAAUCUCUUAAUCUGGUGAGCUAAUCCAGAGCCUGCAUGCAGAAUUUCUUUGCCCUACUCUGUUGCUCCGCCUCCUUGUCAUUGCCUCCAAAAUAGAAUUGAAACAAGGAUCAUUCAUUCAUUCCCUAGAUUAGAAUUAUCAAUGAAUUUAACCCACAAUAUUGCUUAAUAAUUCAUCUAACAGCCUUUAUGUUACACAGCCCGAACUAAAAUGUUCUUUCUUGAUCCAUCUGCAUGCGAAGGCGAGUUCUUCAACCAAAGAGCCUCAUUCCACUUUCAAUUUUCUUUUUCGCAACGCCGUGUUAGAGAGCAAAGAUCAGAGUAAAGAUGCGGUGAGGAGAUACUGUAGGAAUCAUGCGAGUGCAAAAAAAAAAAAAGCAGCGGUGAUAUAAACAGACCCGAAUCUUACGUAAUCGAAAUACACACGUUUUACAAAGACAUAACAGUGCCUCCUGGUGGACAGAGUAGGUUGUUGCCAGGGUCCAGGUUAUCUCAUCUCCGGUUUAUCGCUUUCCCGCUGAUAGUGUGGAAAUGUCUUCAGAAAGCAAUAUCUUUCUUUCCCGUGCGGCUAUAGGAUUCGUGGAAAAAGGGAUGUAAUGUAACGCGUCAAGAGGCAAAGUCAAACGAGAACGUAUUAUUUGUGGCAGACUAUCUAUUUAUAUAUUUUUUGCUGUUCUGUUGUAAAUUUUAGAGAAUGUAUCAACUCGGAUUGUAUCGUGUAACUGGAGAGACAUGGAAGGUUUUCACCAAUUCAUCAAAUGGUACAAAUAAUUUGGUUGACAAGGCUCUCUCGUUUCUUUUUUGUACUUUUUACCUGUGUGUGUGCGUGUGUGUCUGUGUGUGCGUGCGUGCAUGUGUGUGUGUGCGUGCGAGUGUGUGUGUGUGUGUGUGUGCUAUUUCCACCUUUGCCCCAUCUUCUAAGGUUUUCAGAUUUGCAAUGAAGGAGAAGUAAGGCUGUAUGUAAAACCUUUCCCAAACAAAGACACAAUGUGUUCCAGCCAAAAAUAUUGAUAGAAGUAUAUUCAAGUUUUUUUCUAAAGAAAUCCAAAACAACCAAAAAAAUUAAUAAAUAAAAAAACCCUCUGCCCCUUCUUCCUUAUACAACCCUCAUAUAAAAUUAUUCCCAGAAAUGUGGUGCAAAGGGAAGAAUCCGCUCAGUUUUGUCACCCAAAUGGAUGAGAAUUCUAUUCUGGAUUUGUAUUUUUUUGCUCUGACUGUAUGUAUAUUUUUGCUCAUGUUUACUGCAAAACAAGAUAGAGAAUUAAUAAACGUCAUUUAAGGGAACCGAA